CCGCGCUCCGGGCGGCGGCGGCGGCGGUGGCGGCCGGGCCCGCGCCAUGAGCAUCGAGACGCUGCUGGAGGCGGCGCGGUUCCUGGAGUGGCAAGCGCAGCAGCAGCAGACCGCACGUGAGGAGAAUGAGAAGCAUGAGAAGCUCCGCCUGGAGAGGGAGCAGGAGCAGAAGAAGGCCAGCAAGGCCAGCGUGCCACGGGCCAACAGUGCCCUCUCCCCGGAGGAGCCCCGAAGCGAACUGCUGGUGCCCGUCUCCCCCCCGGCCCCGGUGCCCCCGCCGCCCCCGCCCCUGGCAGCCCCCAUCUCAGUCAUUCCCAUCCCUGUUGUCACCAGUUCCCCCCAGCAAGCGGCCCAAACCGCCCUGUCCCCGCCGCUCGUGCAACGCCACCAGCCCCUCGUAAGCACUCCCAGUGUCCCCAAGGAGUCCUCGUCGGUGGCUCCGGUGAUCCAGAGGCCGCCGGGCCCACACCUGCCGGAUGGGAAAGCUGCCACCCCGCCGUCGGGCAGCCCCAAGCAGCUCCAGCAUUACCCGGCGCCGGUCCUGGCCAUCUCCCAGCACCACGUGGUCCCACAGCCCAUCCAGCCCCUGCAGCACCCGGCCGCGCCCGCGCCCCUCGGCGCCCUGAAGCUGGCCCCGGCAGACGACCUGAAACCCAUCGAGCUCAAGAAGAGAAUUGGAGGGGUUGGGACCAGGGAAGUACAUAAUAAAUUGGAGAAGAACAGACGUGCACAUUUGAAAGAGUGCUUUGAGACUUUAAAGCGCAACAUCCCCAACGUAGAUGACAAGAAGACCUCAAACCUCAGUGUCCUCAGGAGUGCCUUGCGAUACAUCCAGACUUUAAAGAGGAAGGAAAAAGAAUAUGAACAUGAGAUGGAGCGGCUGGCGAGAGAGAAGAUCGCUACCCAGCAGCGACUGGCAGAGCUGAAGAACGAGUUGAGCCAGUGGAUGGACAUCUUGGAGAUUGACAGAAUUGUUCGACAGACAGUUCAGCCAGAGGAUGACCAGGCAUCUACCUCGACAGCAUCAGAGGGUGAAGACAACAUCGAUGAAGACAUGGAAGAUGACAGGCCAGUGAACUCAUUACCAAAACUUACCCAGCGCCAGCACCCAGAGCUGCUGAAAGCUGUCCCCCCGAAUGCUGCUCCCCCCCUGCCCGCGGUCCUGCCCCCUCACCUCUCCAUCCAGCAGAAGCCCCACGCCCAGCCCCCCCUGCAGACGCAGGCGCUGGUCCCGCCGCAGGCGAUCGUCCCUGCACAGACUCACAUCGUGGCGGCCUCGACCGUGCAAUCGACUGUUAUCGCCCACACGGCCACCACCCACGCCUCGGUCAUCCAGACUGUCAACCACGUGAUUCAGGGGCCACAGACCAAGCACAUUGCUCACAUUGCACCUUCCACGUCCAGCCCCGUGCAACUCACCACUGCUGCUCAGCCCAUCGGCCACAUCACUGUGCACCCCGCCACCAUCAACCACAUGGCCCACCUGGGCCCGCAGCUGCCCCUCUACCCCCAGCCCGUGGCCGUCAGCCAGCCCGUGGUGAGCCACAUCGCUCACACCAUCUCGCACCAGCAAGUGAACGGCACGGCGGGCCUGGCCCCGCCGGCGGUGAUGGCCAAGCCGGCCGUGGGCACCCAGGUCGUGCAUCACCCGCAGCUGGUGGGGCAGACGGUCCUGAACCCCGUGACUAUGGUGACCAUGCCGUCGUUCCCGGUGAGCACGCUGAAGCUGGCCUAGAGGGCUCUGGUGGGAACCUUUCCUAAGGAAACUCCAUACAUUCCAACCACGUCCGGCUCGGCGGGAGGGAGGCACAGGAAUGCCGGGCCGGGCCGGGCCGGGCUGGGCUGGGCUCAGCUGCCCAGCGCCCAUCCUGGGGACAGUGCCCAGCCUGGGGACAGUGCCCAGCCUGGGGACAGUGCCCAGCCUGCCGACGGGGACGGGGCUGCUCCGCGCUCGGAUUGGCUGAUCUGAGAAACUGCAGAGACAGUUGUUCAUGGUGAUUUUUUUUCCUUUUAUGUGUACUGAGUGAACUAUGGAUAUGAUGUUCUUAAGACUUUAAUUUUGCCCUCUUAUGUGUUGCUUCUUUGUAGAAUAAAAAUUGCUGAUCUCUUUAUCGAGACAUUGCGUAGAAUGGGAAAAAAAAUCAUAGAAGUCUAUAUUUAUAUAUAUGUGUGUAUGUGUGUGUAUAUAUAUGUACAUACAUAUAUAUAUAAAUAUAACAUUUUGAAGGCCUUUUGUAAGGUUGAUUAUUUUGCAGGAUUAUGAGACAAAAUUCAUUUUUGGAGGAAGAAGAUAGUGUCCUCUCUAAACAAGAAACUUUAAGAUAGAUGGUUUGGUGGACCAGGGUACCUCUAUAGUGACAAAAAAACCCCAACAACAAACCACAAGUCAAACCAUUUUAAAGGUAUUUCCCAUCAAUAUAUUACAUUUCAAAAACCAUCUAAAAUCACUGUGACUUGUUAUGGCAUUUUAAGGAAAUUCUCUGUCCUGUCUAAUAAAAGGAAAAAGAAUACACAACCGGAUUUCAUUUGUUGCCGUUUUAUAAAUGACUUGAUUUUUAUAGCUAUGUCAAAAAAACCCUGUUUUUUAUUAUUUUAAUGGUUGACAGUGCUUUGUUUGGAUGUUUUGGGGGGUUUUGGUUUUUGUCUGGCUUGGUUUGCUGAUGCAGUAAUUGAUUUUGGAGAUCUCUGCACGGCACAGCCCUGGUCGGGGUCUCUCCUGCCAGUCCAAGCCCCCCAGGUUUCUCGGGUUCGUUGUUGGGCAGAGGCAGAUACUUUGUGCUGGCAGCUUGCUGGGUGUUCCUGUGGCCUGCUGGGUGGAACCUGGGACAAGAAGACCAAGAGAAAUGUCGUGGAUUUGCUGUGUGGGUUAAUGUUGUUUGUUAGUUUGUUCUGACCUGACCACGCUUUGCUGUUGGGGUCAGUGGGUUCAGAAAGGGAUAAAUGGGGAUGUGGUUCCCUUCCAGAGCGCAGGCAGCUUUGGCAGCUUUGUUCCUUUUUGGGGGUAAACAAUCUCUCCUUGUGCAGGAUAAGGGUUUGCUGCAGGAGAUCAGUGUGAGAGCUCGUGCCUGACAGUGAGAUGUGCACCAAAGAACCCUCGUCCGUUGGGACCCUCCUGUUGCCCCUUCCUGGUGAUGGGGCAAGGCCUCUCUGAGGUCAGUGGCAAAUCCUGUGGAGCCAGGAGAGGAGGAAUGCUCUGCUGGUACCUGCCAGCCUGCCCGGGAGGCUGCUUAGGAUGUGUUUUGUUGCUGGCUGAAUGUUCUGGUCCUUGCACCGUGUGUGUAGUCACCAUGAUCUCCAUUCUGUCUUCCUCUCUUUUUAAAGUAAGUGUUCCACAGUCCUUACUGCAGGCAAAAUUCCUGCUGCAGCCAGUGACUGUUCUCCUUGGGACAGGAUGGGAGGGUGGUCCCAGCAUCUGCCCAGGAGCUUUGGGAGGGGAGGAGGUGAGGAGGGCUGAGCCCUCACACCUCACUCUGCUGCCUGCAGUGUGUGGGUCAGGUCCUCUCUAGGAAAGCAGGACCCAUAGUCUGCCCAAAGACAUGUUGACUCCAGCAGCACUUUUGCCUUGUUGAGGACUGGUGUGAAAGGGGUUAAAGUGAGAACACUUGCCUGGUUGAAACAACCUCCCUGGUUGAAACUGGUCUGGAGGCAGGAGAAAUGACUGCAGAGGUCAGGGGUCAUUGUGCCUUCUGAGCAGGUCUGGCUGGGAAUUGCAUGACCUCUGUUUGUGAAGCCCCAGUUGCUCCACAGUUACCUCUUGUUUUAUUUUUUCUUGCAUCCUUGAGUCCAGGAAGCUCUUAGCUGUGCUGCCAGCACAGCUCCUGCAGAAUGGACAAAUCUUAAAGGAUUUCUUAUCCUGAAACCACAUCUAAGCAGAUGAUUUGUUCUCAUUCCAGUGCACUGUUAACACUGGGAGGUUCCCGCAGUCGCCAGGGUUUGGUCAUCCCUUGUCCAUGCAGGUGCUUUCCCACAGAGGCUGUUGUGUGCCAGUGUUUGGAAGGUGAGUGUUGGGUAUCGGGGCAGUUGCUCCUCAUCAGAAACUCGAGUGUUUGCAGCAGGGUCAUCUCCCUUCUCAGGGGACUGUGUGGCUUUGCCUUCUGCAGUGGUGUUGGGAGUGAGGACAUGCCUUUCUGCCUUUCUUCACUGUUCUGACAUCACAAAAUAACAAAAUCUCGUUAUUGAAGGAGAAGGAGCAGGGUUGGGAACAGGGCUGAGUGCAGGAGUUGGCUGAGAGCCCCAGGGAGAUGAGCUUUCUGCUGGGUGAUGGAAUGGCCUGUGCUGCAGGGACAGGGGGUGCUGCUGAACCUCAUCUCCUGCUCCCUUGUGGUUUAGAGGGAGGAGUGGCCCUGCCCUGCCCAGCCCAGCCCAGUCCUGCAUCUCGGCCAGUUUUUCUCUCCCCUUGGAGUUGUGCCAUGCUGUGUGUCUGAUCCCCUUCAUGGGUGUUGAGCUCCCCUUCAGGAACAGCCUGUCCCCCUUGGUCAGCCCAUGAGCUGCUUUGGAUGUCUUGGGUCCUCCCAUUCUCAUCUGCCUUUUUCAGGGCUACCAGAAACAUUUCUUUGGGGUUUUUUCUUUUUUUUUUUUUUUUUUUUAAAGUCAGCAAAUUUCUUUCUCUUCUCUGUGAAAAAGAGCAGCCACAACCCUUCCUUUCCCCACCUCUGUCAUUCCUGCUCAGAAAAUUCAGAUUUACACUGAUGCUCUUAGAAGUCCUGUUCAGUACUGUAUGACAAGGGGCACUUAAAGAAUGUCUCUCCUCCUUUGAUAUAUGUUUUCCCUAUGGAGAAAGCUAUAUAUAAGUAGCGGGAGCCCCACGGCUGCCAAAGCCACUUUCCAUCUCACCUCCCAAGGAACUGCAGGCAGAGGGGAAUGAACCCAAACUGCUACUUGAAAAUGCUCUUGAAAAGAGCUCUUAAUGCUGACACUUUAGAUACAGGAAUGUAUUCCUGACGUCACCAAGAACAAUUAGCCAGAACUCUGUAGUUUAGCUUAGGAAGGGAAAUGACCCCAUUUCCCACGUUCUCUGCAGUCACUUGAGUGGGAUCUGAGAAGCAGCAGGUUGUGUGUCCCUGGGGCACGGGGGGAAGGGGGCAGCUGGUGGCACAUUGGGCAAUCAGGGCUGGAGCCAAACUGCUGCUGUGGGGCCUUUUUCUGCACAUGUAUGUGUGUGUGAGUGUCCGUGUGUCUGUCCGUGCUGGGGCUGGGUGCUGGGUGUUGAAGGCCAGAAGGGCUCCGGUGUCACCACUGGGCUCCUGGCCAGUGGCAUGGUCGGGUUUUGGUUUCUUGGGCAGAGCUGGACAGAGGGGAUGGCCCUUGCAGAGGCUUCUGCUCUCUGGCAGUGGCAUGUGGUGUGUCCAGGGAGGAGCAUUUCUCAUCUCACAAACGGGGCCAGCCUGGGCUGCUGCUGCUGUUGGGCUCCUUGUCUCCUUUUCUUUGUUUAACUUCAAAGUGGCCUUCUGUAACAAAAGAACAAAAGAAACAAAAAAAUGCCUUUGGUUGGCUUAGGUGAGGUGGGUGUCGGUGUCGGUGUGGUUGUCCUGUGCACGCCUGGUAGAUUCCUGUAGACAUGCAAUGCAAGGCUUAUCGUGUCUGGUUUUGUGUGUGGCCUGUGUCUCCUUGGACUGGUUUGCAUCCUGAGGAAGUUUUUUGCAUUUAAAGAAAAAAAGAGUGGGAACUGUUGGGGGUUGGGUGGGUAUGAGGGGCCCCUGUGUGCCGGGGGCAGGGGAGGUUCCUUGCCUGGUGCUUGUUUGACCCCUUUGCUUUCUGUGACGUGUGGGGUGUCCCCAGCGGGGUGAGUGGCCUCGGCCAGAUGAACCAGGUGACCUCUGCUCACCUGGGCAGGACGUUGUCUCGGCCUGUCGGCAUUUAGGCACUUCCUUAAUUAGCUUAAUUAGAUAAGUGGCUGCCCUGAGCUGGGACUUGGCUGCUGUACAGCUCUUGGAACUGGUGUGGAGGUGAGCUCUGAGUGCUUGCAGGUGAGGCUCCUCCAAGACUUGGCAUCUGUUUCUUUCUGAACAGUUAUUAUUUUGGUUCUAAAAACUGUUGGGAUCAGGAGAGGAAAAAGUUCAUACUUAUGGCCUGGUUUCCAUUCCUUGUUACCAUUUUGGACAGAUUAAAAUGGUUUAUAUCACUGUCUUUAGGUUAUUUCCUUCCUGAGUCAAGCAUCAGUUAUUAGGAGCAGAAGGAAAAUGCUCUGUGGAUAGAGUCAGUCAUGGCUUCUUUCUGUCCCAGUUAUACAGAAUUUCAUAAUCCAAAUUUGAACUAUUAAAAUACCAGCCAGAGCCCAGCACUGGGUGGGCACAGUCUUGGCAAAGGUUGUGUUUGGCUUUUCCCACACCAGCUCACUCCUCACCCGGGGCUGCUGAACAGCAAAGGAAGGCCCUGGUGGCAUCCAUCCUGUGCCAGUGGCACAGGGACAGGGCUGUUCUGUGCUGGGGUUUGCUGGCAACUGGCCAUGGGAUGCCAUUGUGCUCCUCAUCAGGACUGCGGGGCUGGUCCUGCUGUAGCUCUGGAUGGGGCCUGUCUUUCACCCCUUUCCUUGUGCUGUGAAGAGGAAUUUGAGUAUGAAGGAGCACAGGUGUGGGAUGCAGAGCCACCAGGGCUGGCUGGGGAUGGUGGCUCACCUAUGUCAUCUCUGUGCUGGGAUUUUCCCUGGCUGGCUGGCAGGAAUGUCCUCCUGUCUGUGUUGCUGUGGCAGGCACGGGCUGUGCUGGCAGUGCUGCUGCUCCGUGCCAGCCAGUGGGACCCCAGUGUGCUGCCAGCAGGAUCCCAGUGUGCUGCCAGCAGGAUCCCAGUGUGCUGCCAGUGGGACCCCAGUGUGCUGCCAGUGGGACCCUGCUGCCAAUGCCUUACAGAUACGCCUUAACAACCUGAGCCAAAAGUGUGGGGGUGCUUGACAGAGUGAGAAAUUCAGGGACUGACUGCACCAUCCAACGAUUUAUUGGUGUCUGGUCAGGCCUCCAGCCUGGGCAUGGCUGGGUGAGGAGCCAUGGUGGGAGCAGGUCCCCCCACUCUGUCACUGCAUGUGACCUCCCUCCCUCCUGGCUAAAGCAUUUAUUUAUUUAUUUUCUCCUGCUGGAAUGUGUCACUGGAGCUGCUGACUGUGAGCCCAGUUGCUGCCAUUGCUGGCCCAGAGCCCCGUCCCUCCCCUGCCCCUCACAGGAGCCCCAGUGUCGUGCUCACCUGGGCAGGUGCAGUCUGUGUUUACAGUGAGGACGAGUCACUGUGUUACCAAUUUACUGACUGAAUAUUGACAAACUAGACUGUAAAGAUUUUUAUGUGUUUGGAUACAUCUGCUAUGUGAAAAAGCAACUAAUUUUGUACAUAUUGUAUUUUUACUAUUCAGCUGUACAAUACUGGCUCUUCAUGCUCCAGAAUUUAGGUAUCCAACAUGAAUGAUAUCCAUGUAAUAAGCACUUGCCUGAAAUAAAUAUAAAACUAAAAUAAACAUGCACUGAAAUCCGAAACAGGAUUCUGCAUUUGCCUCCCUGUGCUUUGCAUGCAGAUGCACACCUUGUUUGUAAUUUCCCAAGAGCAAAGCCUUCCCUCCCUCUGGAGCCAUCGCUGCCACUCCAGGUGUGUGUCACUGAUCCAUGGGCUGGAGCUCCGGGGGGUGUGUCUGGAUCAGGCUGGGGGGAAGCAAAGUCUUUGCAGCCUCUGGAACCUGUAAAAACUUGGGAAAUUGUGCCCAGACACCUGCCCUUCUCCUGCUGAGCCAGGAGGACUUGGGCCCAGCUGGAGCCCAUCCCAGCCCUGCCGUGGGUCCCUCCAGAGCCCUGAACACCCGUUGGAGCAGCGUCGUGCCCGUGGCUGUCAGGUGAGGCUCCCUCCCCCCGGGGACUGUGCUGGGCACCCACCACCACAGUGGGACUGUCCCAGCCCCGUGGGCAGCCAGGCCCUGGUUGGGGUGUCCGUUCUCUGUGGUGGGUGGGGGACCUGGGGGGCCAGGGAUGGCCUGAGCUGCCUCACUGUAACUACUCUCUCCUGCAGAUGCUGAAGGUGGAGUCCCAGGUUUUCCCAGUCCCUUGUCUCCAGGACAUGGAUGCGGUGCCUGGUCAGGCAGAGCAGGCCUUGUUCUUAGGACUCCCUGUUCUGUAGCUGAAAUCUCCUUGGGGGAGAGCAGUGCUUCCAAAGAGCUCCACCAGGAUGCCUUGAUGAUAAGUAUUUAUUCAUAUGUUACAUUUAAACAUAAAUAAUUGAGCGAUAAAGAGAAUAGUCUGCUCCCAACAAAAAUAAAUAAUACACAACAUUGAUAAAAUCCAAUCAAACAGAAUGUUGUAACAAAUACAGUGAAGUUGCAGACUGGGUUUGUGUGAAACAGCUGUACAGAACAUUCCCAACGUACCAAAGGAAAAUAGUGCAGUUUUAUCUGUACAUCCAUCACUCCUCAGGCUCUGGGAGUUGGAGGUUUUCUCACUCUUAAAAAAUACUCUUUCAGUUUUCAGGUGAACAGACUGAAUCCUUCAGACACCUGAAGCGUUGUCGGGGCCGUGGUUGGGCACAGCUGGAGCUCAGGGGGCUCAGCCCCACCACAGACCCUCAGGACCUUCUCCUGCUGUGACUGCCAGGGGUGGUGCCCGGGGGGUUCCUGCCCUGCAGCCUCAGCAGUGCCUGGCACAGAGCCCUGGCCACGUGCCAACACCAGGGAGGGGGCCUUGGGCUGGGGGUUCUUCACCUUCCCCUCAAAUUCUGCAAGACCAGUUUAAGGGAGGCCUUGGCUCCUGAGCUCAGCACUGGGGGUCUGUUUUUCCCUUUGCAGACCAUUAUUGACCAUUUUCAGGUCCAGCAGAGCACAAGGGUGCCCCCAGAGCAGGGUUACUGGAGCAAAUCCUUCCCAUCGAUAUUUGAAUCAUCAAAAAAUAAUUUUAAUCCCUACCCCCCCUUUUUGCUAAAAUCUGAUUUUUAAAAGCUCCUGUGAGCAGGUGUAAGUCAUGUAAACUGAGCAACCUGGCCUGGAGAGGGUGUCCCUGCCCAUGGCAGGGGGUUUGACUGGGACCAGCCCAAACUGUGCCAUGAAGAGCACAGAGUUGCUCAUGGAAACACAGCUGUGUAACUGG